GGUUGGCAUGGGAAAGCUACCGACGAACGUGCGCAUGCUCAUGCGCCAGACGACGCUGCCUCGCAUCUCGACGGCGACGCCCGGCGUCCAGCGCGCGUGCAUCGUUAACUUUGGCCUCUCGCUCGCGGGCGCGCCCAUGAGCUUUGUCUUUGCGCAGCGCUCCGAAGUCUUCUCGACGCUCUUCGCGCUAUCAGGCGCACUCUGCGUGCUCUCGGUGCUAGGCGCCGCCUUGGGCAUGGUCAAGACGACGCCGUCGCUCGUGCUGGCCAUGCUCUUUAGCAUCGCUGCCUGCUAUGGCGUCAUUUGCACGGGUGGGAUGGCCAUCUUGUACCUUCCCUUCGUCGCGCCCGAGCUCGCAGGCUACACGGACGGCCUCUAUGCGCAGAGCGUGCUCUUCCAGCAGACGCUCGCCGAUAAAGUGAGCCGCGAACGCGCCUACUUGAUUGCCACGGGCGUUGUCCUUCUCUGCGUCGCCGUCACGUCGGCGUACGUGGUGCGGAAGCUGCACUUUGCUCUUGGCGAAAAGCGGUCGGCCGUCACGUUUUUACAGGCCUUUGGGAUGGGCAUGAUUCCGUUCUCGUUCAUCCUCGUGGCGGGCGGUCAGUACAUCAUCUCGUCGCGCACCCUCGCGUCGUCGCCCUUUACAGGCAUCUUUACGUUUCUCUGCGGCAUCCUCGUGCUGGUGUUGGCGCUCAUGGCCUUUAUUGGCUCGGCGUUCGAGUACCGACGGCUCCUCAAUACGUUUAGCUGGUUUGCGUUCAUCCUCGCGAUCUUUCUGCUGGCGAGUGCGAUUGCGUCGCUCGCGGUCACGACCAGCAUCGAGCGCAGCAUCGUCGAAGCGUGGCCCACGAUCCGCGUCGUCUUACCACCGACGCUGCAAGCGCGGUACGACCAAGGCCAGUUUUUGCUCUUUGUGCAGCGCAACUUGCGCGGCGUCGCCUACAUGGCGAUCGUCUCGGGCGCAUUCCUCAUGCUGCAAGCGCUCUCGGCCAUCACGCUCAACGACAUCACGCACGUCGUCAAGCGCCGCCACGCCCAAGACAAGCGCUGUCAGCUCGACCCGAAUCUGCACCCCGAGUUUGUGGCCCGCCGCGACUGGCACCGCUUGUUUAAGGCCUCGAAAAAGUCGCAGCGGCUCUUCAUGCGCCUCUCGUGCGCGUUGGCGAUGCUGACGUUCCUCAUCAUCACGGUGCUCAUGACGCUCACGGUCGUCUUUGCGACGCAGUGCGCGCGGCUCAGCAGAGCGCAGAACGCAACGACUCUGCCACUCGACCCGAACGCGACCACCGUCGCGCUCUCGCAUUCGUUUAGCGCGGGCGCCCUCGUCGUGUCGCAAGGCAGCAACGGCUCGGUCGGCCACGUCACGUGCCAGCAAAAUGCCAUUAGCACAAAGUACUUGGCGACGGCGACGUUUACAAGAGUGGCGACAUCCAACAAGAAGACGAGCGCCUUUGCCGCGUCGCCCUUGAGCAGCUCGUACUUUCUCGGCGUCGACACGUCGUGUCAGCUGGCGGUGCUUGAAUUGGUGUUGCCGAAUACGACGGCCGCACCCUUGCUGCAGCUGACGUCGUCCAUGGCCGAAGUAAACAUCAACCUCCUCUCGCCCUCCGAGGACAUUUCCUCCACAAUGCUCGUUGGUAUCAAUGUGUCAACGGACCAGGCCAACGUCAACGUUGUCGGUGCAUUCCUUGGCACGCAAGCGCUGGCGAUGCGAUCGAACUCGGGCGAGCUCAAUAUCAGCACGAUCUACGUCAACGCGACGGGUGCAAGUGGCGGCCGGCAAAACACGAUGUUGGCGUCAACGCUCGGCAGUGUGUCGUUGUUCAACUCGUCGUUGACCGACAGCCCGCUCGUGAUCACCACGGACGCCAGCCCCAUCGUCGUCGCCCAAGUCACCUCGCAAGUGACGCGCGGCUACAGCUCGAUGACGCUCUCGACGCAAUCGGGCUCGCUUCUCUUAAGUGACGUCACGACCGAUCGCAUCGAACUCCAGUCCACCUCGGGGGGCAUUCAAACCGAAGCAUUGACGGCCACGGACAACGGGAUCUUCCCCGGUCGCAUCGAUGUCGUCACGAUCGGCGGCGCUGUGCGGAUGCACAAUACCGCCGUCGACGGCUACGUGCACAUCGAGUCCAACUCGGGCGACAUUUACCUGCAUCUCCAGAGCACAUCGUUCGUGGGUUUCUACUAUGCGCGGUCCGAGUUUGGCUCGAUCACGGUGCAGAAAAGCAACUUUUCUUACGAUACGGUUACCGCACUGCCAGCGCAAGACCCGAGGGAAGCCAAUGGCUUUAUCAAUUGCGGCACGAGUUGCAACUACCGAGGCGACAUUUACAUUCGCAGUCAGCACGGCAACAUCAACAUUGUGCUGGGGUGCGAGAACCCAUCGUGUACCUAGUCCGACGCCCCGUACAUUCAUAUAUAUACGUGGUAGUAGUAUGUUUAAGCGACCGG